AUGGAGAGCCAUGGUCAGAACCUCUCCUUCAUCCUCGAAGGCAUCCAUCAAGUCAAAUUUGAAGACCGCCCGAUCCCCGAGCUGAAGAACCCUCACUAUGUGCUCAUCAAUGUCAAGUAUACCGGUAUCUGUGGCAGUGAUGUGCACUACUGGGAACACGGUGCGAUCGGCCAAUUCGUGGUCAAAGACCCGAUGGUUCUAGGACACGAAUCGGCCGGUGUCAUCAGCAAAGUCGGGUCGGCCGUCACAACCCUCAAGGUGGGUGACCGCGUCGCCAUGGAACCCGGCAUCUCCUGUCGUCGGUGUGAGCCGUGCAAAGGGGGGAAGUAUAACCUCUGCGAGAACAUGGCCUUUGCCGCCACCCCACCAAAUGAUGGCACGUUGGCCAAAUACUAUGUGCUUCCGGAGGAUUUCUGUUACAAGCUCCCCGAACACAUCUCGCUCCAGGAGGGCGCUCUUAUGGAACCACUCAGCGUGGCGGUACACAUUGUACGACAGGCCCGCGUCAGCCCGGGGCAGACGGUCGUGGUGUUCGGGGCUGGGCCCGUGGGACUGCUGUGCUGCGCCGUGGCCAGUGCCUUUGGGGCCUCCAAGGUGAUUGCUGUGGACAUCCAGCAAUCUCGCCUGGACUUUGCCAAGGAGUAUGCGGUGACGUCCACCUUCAUGCCCGGCAAGGUGUCAGCAAUUAUGAAUGCCGACCGGCUCAAGGAAGAGAAUGACCUCGGGACUGGUGCCGAUGUGGCUAUCGAUGCCUCGGGCGCCGAGCCCUCGGUCCACACUGGCAUUCAUGUCCUUCGAAACGGUGGCACCUAUGUGCAGGGCGGCAUGGGCCGGAGUGAGAUCCAGUUCCCCAUCAUGGCAGCCUGCUCCAAGGAACUGAAUGUCAAGGGUAGUUUCCGCUACGGGAGCGGUGACUACAAGCUGGCAGUUGGCCUGGUCUCGUCCGGUAAAGUGGAUGUGAACAAGUUGAUCACCGGCACGGUCAAUUUCGAGGAAGCCGAGCACGCAUUCAAGGAGGUCAAGGCCGGUAAAGGCAUCAAGACUCUCAUCGCUGGUAUUAGCGAGUAA